AUGACCCUCUCCAUCCACGAAGUAGCCGCCAGCGCCGUGCAAGCCCGCACCCGCAUCCGCGCGCACGUCUACCAGACACCCCUCGUCCCCGCCCGCCAAACCGGCCGCGCCACCAACGCCAAAGUCCUCUUCAAGGCCGAAAAUUUCCAGCUCACAGGCUCCUUCAAGCUCCGCGGCGCCACCUCCAAGGUCUCGGCCCAGCCGGCUGCAGACAAGAAGAAGCUGAUCACGGCGUCCUCUGGCAACCACGGCAUCGGCGCCGCCUGCGCGGCCCGAGCGCUCGGCCGGGACUUGACCGUCGUGUUGCCCGAGACGGUAUUCCCUGCGAAGCUGGAGAAUAUCAAGUCCUACGGCGCCAUCACGAUCCUCCACGGCGCGGAGACGGGGCUGGCGGAGCAGCACGCCCAGCAGCUUGCGGCGUCGGGGGAGUACGUCUACAUCUCGCCUUACAACGACCCGCUCAUCGUCGCGGGGCAGGGCACGAUUGGCCUGGAGAUCCUUGAGCAGUGCGACGGCGUCGACAACGUCUUCAUCUCCAUGGGGGCGGCGGCCUCAUCAGCGGUAUCGGGGCCAACAAAAAUCUACGGCAUCGCUGCGACCAACUCAAAGACCCUGGCCGAGUCAAUGGCGGUAGGGAAGGUUAUCGAGACGGAGCAUCUGCCUACGUUGGCAGAGGCCGUGGCUGGUGGCAUGGACGAAGACUCGAUCACGCUGCCGUUGGCGUCUGCGGUGGUUGAUCGUGUUGUAGAGUGCAGCGAGGACGAGAUUGCCGCGGCCAUGAGGAAGAUGGCGUUCGAGGAGAACAUGAUUGUGGAAGGGUCUGCGGCACUGGCUACUGCGGGGUUUGAGAAGGUUGCAGAGGAGGUGGCGGGCCAGACGAGCGUUAUUCUCCUAUGCGGCGCCAAUGUCGACCAGGGUGUCGUCAAGAAAAUCAUCUACGGCUUGUAA